CUAACUUGCUCCAUCAGCCUCCAUGCACUCUGCAGCGACCGCUUAACUGGAGCCACCCUGCAAAACGAGCUCAUUGAAGAAGAAGAAGAAGAGGAGGAGCCGAAGGCAUAUAGAAGAUGAGCAGCCGGCGUGGCCCGCCCAAGCACCAGAACGCCUACGCCUGGAAGCCCAACGCCGGCGUCAAAAUCAACGAAACGGAAGUUGGAGGGAGGUUCCGGCCGUACUCCGAGAUAACUGGAGUUUGCGCUCGAUGUAGAGAGCAGAUCGAGUGGAAACGCCGUUACGGCAAGUAUAAGCCCCUCGUUGAACCUGCUAAGUGCCAGAAGUGUUCUAGGAGGGCCGUUCGUCAAGCUUACCACAAUCUUUGCUCUGGAUGUGCCAAGGAGCAGAAUGUGUGUGCUAAGUGUCGUUGCCGAGUCGACAGUUUAGUUGGCAGAGACUCUUCCGAAUUGGAAGCAGAGCAAAAAGCGCUCGAGGAGGCAAUUAAGAAUGCUCGAGAAAGGGAUAGAAGAACUCUACUUCGUGCUAUGAACAAGUCAAAUGACAAUAAUUCGGGGAAAUCUGCAACUGAGAAAGCAAACAAGGUUGGAGAUAUAUUCCCCUCUUCAUCACUUGAGGGUUAUGCCAGAUCGCGCCAGGAGGGCAAAGCCGGUAGUGGUAACAAGGAAGAAGAAGUGGAGGGUGAGGAGGAAGUGGAGGACAACACGGAGGAAGACAACACUGAUGAUGAGGAAUAAGACUGGAAAGCAUGUAAAGGUUUAGACAGCUCCAUAUUUAUGCUGUCCCUGACAGUAAAUGUGCAAGCAAUUUUGAGAGAGUUGCGAAUGGGUUUUGGACCAAAUGAAUAUAGAUAAUCCAGAUGGAA